UUGAUAAUGAAAGGGCACUCUUUCCGAAAACCCUCUUGGUGACUUGCUCGACAAGCUAAAAAUGUGUACAUCGUAAAGUUAGGAGAAACAAGUUCGUAGAGGGGUAGUCGUACACAUGAAAAUCUUAAUUAUAAAUAAAUAAAUACCUAUGACGCCAUACCACAUACGGUUAAGAAGUUUAAGUCCUGCAUAAUUAAACUCAAUCGCUAACUUCUCUACCCUACUUAUUUUCUCAAAUAAAGAAAAAAUUCAUAGUUUCAUACUUAUCUCAUCUCAUACAUCCAGGCGCACCAGUAAAAUACAUACCCAAAAACACCACUUUUGGGUUCUGUAAUUUGAUAAAUUUGUCGCCGUUUUGCCUCUUGUCAUUCAGUAAAUGUAAACCUAGCUUACUAUUUUAACGAUAAGCAGCAUCGUUGACUAUUUCAUUCCAGGGUUUGUGUAAAGUUCGAGGGCGUUUGUUCUGCAGUAAGUAGAGGGGACUUCUUUUGGCAUUGCAUUAUGGCGACAAGGGCUCAAUUUGAAAAUUCUUCUGAAGUUGGUGUCUUUUCAAAGCUUACAAAUGCAUACUGUCUGGUGGCCAUUGGUGGAUCAGAGAACUUUUACAGCACAUUCGAAUCUGAGCUAGCUGAGGUCAUUCCUGUUGUGAAGACAUCAAUAGCUGGAACCAGAAUAAUUGGACGACUCUGUGUUGGGAAUAAAAAUGGUCUGCUAUUACCAAAUACGACAACUGACCAAGAGCUUCAGCACUUGAGGAAUAGCUUGCCUGAUCAAGUUGUGGUGCAAAGAGUUGAUGAAAGAUUGUCUGCUCUUGGCAAUUGUGUUGUCUGCAAUGAUCAUGUAGGACUAAUUCAUACUGACUUGGACAGGGAGACGGAAGAACUGAUAGCAGAUGUUCUAGGAAUCGAGGUUUUUAGGCAAACUAUUGCUGGAAAUAUUCUUGUUGGCAGUUAUGGUGUGCUUUCUAACCGAGGGGGGCUGGUACAUCCACACACAUCCAUUGAAGAUCUAGAUGAGUUAUCAACACUCCUCCAAGUGCCACUUGUAGCUGGCACUGUCAAUCGUGGAAGUGAAGUUGUGGCUGCUGGAAUGAUUGUAAAUGAUUGGACUGCUUUCUGCGGAUUGGACACAACAGCGACUGAAUUGUCAGUUAUUGAAAGUGUUUUCAAAUUGAGAGAAUCACAGCCGAGUGCAAUAGUCGAUGAGAUGAGAAAAUCAUUGAUUGAUAGCUUUGUUUAAUCUCCUAUAGUGUGUACCAUUUGGGUGGUGUACAAAAAGAAUAUGGUGGACAUCAGGAUAAUUUUGCUAAGCAGUUUGAAUUAAAGAGCUUUUGGCAUAAAUCUGGAAAAAAACAGUGGAUGUUGUACUAACCUUGCUAAGCAGCUUGAAUUAUUAUAUUUUGGCCUAAAUUCUAAUUA